GGUCAUGUGAUCAGCUGUGUCCAAUCACAGCUGAUCACAUGUAAACACGGAAAUGGGACAUGUACACUGAUCAUCAGGGCACUGAUGAUCAGUGUGCCCUGAUGAUCAGUGUGGCCCCAGAAGUGCCACGUGCCAGUGCCCAUCAGUGCCACAUAUCAGUGCACAUCAAUGCCACAUAUCAGUGCAUAUCAAUGCCACAUAUCAGUGCCCAUCUGAGCUGCCUUUCAAUGUCACCCAUCAGUGCCACCUAUCAAUGCCAGUCAGUGCCGCCUAUCAGUGUCAUGUGUCAGUGCUGCCUUUCAGUGCACAACAGUGAUGACUGUCAAUGCCCAUUAGUGCAACCUACCAGUGCCUCCUCAUCAGUG